CCCGCAUCUUUUUAGACUCCGCCGAUUAUUUUAUUUGUAUAUGUCUAGAAGAAGGCUUAUUUUUUUUUUCGCUUUAAUAAGCAUAUAUGAUAGCUAUUUAGUAUGGAAUUCCAGGGAUUUCCACGUAUUCAUAGUAUAUUUUAUGCAGUAUUUGACAUCAUAAAAGGUACUGUUGUAAAACAUCAAGUACCCGAAGGAAGUAUAACGCCACAGACAUAUAACGCUACUACAAAUUCAUUGCUCAUGAUUGAUCCAGUACAACAAAAUAGUAAAACACUCAUCGAUUUUGAAGCUAUUAGUGAAUAUAUUAUACCCAAAAAACAACUUUAUAAACGACUUGUAACUAUAUGUACAAAUGGAUAUAAGGUAAUGGGAUGUCCCAUUGUCUUACAUGAUCAUGAACGUUAUCGACAUUAUAGAAAUGAAUUUCGUUUUAAUCUUUGUUUUGUAUUUGAACAAGAUGCAGAAACAAGUAGCUAUGAAGCUGUUGUAAGAAAAUUAUCGAGGGUUUUAGAAGGGUUAGAGCUUGAAUGUAAUUUUUUAUCAAAAGAUGUUAGUUCAGAAUCACAAACAAUACAAAAUGUAAUUGAACAAUUAUUUGAAGAUUUAAAUAGUUAUUGUGAAUGCCAAAUUCCUAUAAAUACCUUUAAUACUAUUAAUUUAAAAUUGUUUCCCACUUACCCAAAUCCUCAAACUGUCUAUGAUUAUCAUGUGCCUGUUUGUACAGUAGAUUUGAAAAAAAUGAUGACUUCUAACUGGGAUAUUACUGUACAAAAAGUAGCAAGUCUUAUUAAUGGUAUUUAUCAUGUAAAACGAAUUGCUGAGCUAGCCAAUGUUAAGCCAGAAUGGGCUAGACAAAGUAUAGAACAUAUGAUGUAUUAUGGAUGUGUCAUUUUAACAGAUAUAUUUCAAUAUUCGAAUGUAUAUGCUGUUAAACCUGAAAUAACACGUUUAUUUGAUCCUAAAUAUAGUCUUGCGCAAGAAUGUUUACGGUAUAUUAUGUUACCAAAUGCACCGGAAAUCUCAAUUGAGAGAGUCUAUGCCUUAUACUGCGGCUUGAAAUAUGGUUUAACAGUAAAAGAUUGGAUUGAAGAGCAACAACUAGCUUCAUUACAAGUUGAUGAAAGGCGAGUUAUAUCCUUUGGAGUGAUUAAAGGCCUUAUUUAUAGAGUUCAUAAAUAUCCUAUAUUGACAUAUACAAUAAACGAUAAUGAACCUCCAAAAUUAGGUUUCCCUCGUAAAGAACAAUAUCAUCAAGUCAUCAAUAAAUACACCGGUACUCCUAUUCAUCCAGAUAUUAUACCAUUUCUUGAUGGAAAGCAUCACUACGAUGAAAUAUGCACUAAACUAGAAUGUUCCCCUCAAGAAUUAGAUGAGCAAUUAGGCUAUAGUCAUCAACAACAGCGAUUCAUAGACAAUAAUAAUAGAAAAGAAGAAAGUCGUAUAGUUGAAGCAUUUUAUGAAAACACAGCCACAGAUGAUUAUCUUCAACAACCUAAAGAAGCCCUUUAUAAUUGGAGUGUACAGAUCAUUUAUCGAUAACAUUUGACAUCUUCCCGAAGUCCCAGGAAAAGUCUAGGUUGCUUCUUAUUCGUAAUGCUUGUAUUACUUGGUUCCAAAUUAUUACAAGUGGUACAAAGAUCGACGAAAAGGAAAGUAAAUCAGUAAUUAAAACAGUUUCCAAAUCUUUUUCUCCUGUUUCUUCUAUUUCUAUUUUAUGUUGUAUUACAGCUUUAAUAAGCUAUUUGUUAUGGACACUAUUUUUAGAUAAUAUAUGUAUAUAUUCUUAUUAUUCUUCU